UCAUCAUACCUGCAGUCGAGACAUUAAUCCAGAGCAUAUUUUCACGUCCGAAAGAAGCUUACAUAAAAUUCGUCUGCCGGCCGGUUCUGGUCAGUUCGUGAAAAAACCUCGAGUUGAAAAGGCAAACCGGUGAAUCAUGGAACGGUGGAUCGGCAAAGUUGCCCUGGUAACUGGCGCGAGUGCUGGAAUCGGUGCUGCGACGGUUGAGAUUCUCGUUAAAGAAGGUCUUACCGUCGUUGGCGUGGCUAGGCGAGUCGAAAAGGUCCAAGAAAUCGGAGAAAAGGUCGAGGGUGCAAAGGGAAAACUCUACGCGCGCAAAUGCGAUGUCUCUAAGGAGGAGGAGAUCCUCGAGACCUUCGCCUGGAUCAAGGAAAAUCUGGGAGGUGUCGACGUGCUCGUCAACAAUGCCGGAAUCCUCAAGCCCGAAACUCUCAGUGGGGGGUCGACCGAUGGAUUUCGGCAUAUGUUGGAGGUAAACGUGCUGGGAGUUGCUGUGGCAACCAGGGAGGCCGUCCAGUCGAUGAAAGAGCGGAAUUUUGACGGUCACAUCAUCAACAUAAACAGCAUACUGGGCCACUAUAUAAACGUCCCCGCUGAUUUUUACAACAUAUAUCCCGCCAGUAAGUAUGCGGUAACCGCCAUGACAGAAACUGUGAGGAAGGAACUGAUUCUGGCGAAAUCAAAAAUAAAAAUCACGAGCAUCAGCCCAGGAUUAGUGAGCACCGAGUUGUUCGCCAGUGCUCAGGACCGACUCGGCAGAGAGUGGGACACAUCGGGGAUAGAAUCUCAGCCUAUCCUGAAUUCGGAAGACGUUGCGAAUGCGAUUGUUUACGUCCUGGGCACACCUCCUCAUGUUCAGGUUUGCGAGCUGCUGAUACGCCCGGUCGGGGAAACGAUUGUUUAGUCGACGAGACGUGAUAUCAAAUAUGUUCAUCGGAUAUUCCCGAAUAAACGAUCCCAGGAUUCUAUCUCUAUUGGCCGCAGAUCGCUGCGAUCUUCGGGCAAAUUUUGAGCCUCCUGGAGUCAGGCUUUGGUGCCAGAGGACACACAGAAUCAAGCCAACAUAGAAUAUACAAAGAACAGUACAUUAUCCGUUUGUGCCCAUCGCGAACAUCGUAUCUGUUCGAGGCUAUCAGUUCACAAACAGCGAUAACGACAGCGUAUAUUGUAAUAACAAUUUCACCGAAUAUACGAGUCACAAUACGAAAUAAAAGUUCACCUCAAGGGUCAAGAAUGGGGGCCUAAGAUACCAUAGGCAAAAACACGAAAUACAAUUUCUUGGUCGUUUAUCAGCUGAUGGGGUUUGCCCUCGUGCCUAUUGAAUCUUUCCCAUCCUCCACACUUGAAGUGACCCACCCUGUAUGCAUAAUUCUCCUGGUAUUUAUCGAUUGAUGAAAUAUGGAUAAUAACCUGAUCAAUCCGACAGGUGGAUCAAUUCAAUGAGCAUAUUCGAAUUUCUAAUUUUUUACCAACACCGAAAUCUUGCUUCAAGCCUCCGAAAAAUCUUCGUUUUUACAAACAUACAACGAAUGAAACCAAUCAUGCAACGAAAAAAGUUUCUCACGAUGGAUGAUGUAGCAACAAUCAUUAUCUAUGCGUAAUAAAAGUCGUAUUUUUAUGUAACAA